AUGCGCUCCCCUGCUCUCCUCUCCCUCUUUUGUUCCUUGGCUCUCGCCGCGGUCAUCCCUCGAAACACUGUCUGGGAUAAUCAUUGCUGCUUUACACUACAUGACGUUUCCACUGGGGCCACCGUCCAAGAGAAUGAUGCCAAUGGCUACCUGUUCUUCAAUGCGGGCCAGACCGACGGCUUCUUCUGCAUCGACUUGUCCAAUCCGUUGGACCAGUUGAGGGACCAUCUCUACAAUGCCUGCUUCAUCAACCCUCCGGAUGGUUCCGUCAAGUGUAUUGAUCCUACCCCCGGCUUCCAGUCGUGGACCCUCAAGAAGGUUGGCAGCGACACUCUGCUUCUUCAUGAUGGGGACAGCACCUUCAACCAUUGCCCCAAGCCCUCAACGAGCGCCAAGGGAACUGUGCUAUACAGCAACAAUCACCCCAAUGUGGCCUCCUGCAAGAAGACGACCCUCAAGGCCAAGAACUUCCAGGGCACAUGCAAGAACUUCUCUGCUCGCUCCGAGGUAGAAUAG